GUUCCUAAUAGGUGUCAAUUUGUACUGCCAUUCGUCGGAUGUAAGCUGGCUUAUGCUUUAAGCUAAGAUCAUUAUUGUUAUUGUGAUUAAUAGUAAUAAUGUAUGUAAUGUUAUUGUUAUUUAUCAAAAAUGUGUCUCAAGAAGUAUAUUUCUUCGUGUGAACAUUGAAAGAAAAAUGUAUUAAUGCCAACAAAGUUUGUUUGAGGUGAGAAUUUGAGUGGAGAGCUUCGGUGGAAAAUUCAAUCAAUAAGAAUCAAAUCAUUUUCGUAUCUGAGAUCCAUGGAAAUUAUAGAAAAUUGUGAAAACUCAGGCGGCUAUUAUUCUGUAUUUAAAACUGAAUUUUGUCGAAUUAUAAAGAUGAAUAGAAAAUUUUAAAAAACUUCUAAUCCAGUAGAACAAUUGGAAAGUAAUCAGUGUUAAAAUUUUCUAUUUUUCACGAAAUAUAAUGAAGUUCGAUUCAAAAAUAAUAUUGAUGGACCAACAAAUAUACGCUUGACCUUGAUGUAUUUAAGCCUGUACGGGUACACUGGAUUUACUUACAACCCCAGGGCAUUUUCUACUACAAAGAUUUUUGGAAAGACAUUUUUUUCAAAUUUUCCCCAUUUCUCUAAGUGAUGCAAUAAAUUUUUCGCUUUGGUCAGUUGCAGUGAAUUUGAUUGAAUAUCAUUCGGACAUAUGAUAUUUCGAUAUUUCUGUUUUUAAUUAAAAUAGAUUUAUUAAAAUAGAAUUUCGUUUUUAAUCACAUCCAGAAAUGUUUUAUAGCCUGAACAAAUGUUUCACCUUUGUUUGGAUCAUAAAUGAUCCAAACAAAGACCUCAUUUUUAAAAAACGGAAUCAUUGUUUAAAUCCGGCGAGAACAAAUUCAGAACAUCUUCAGCGAAAUAAAUACGCAAGUUUAUUCAUUAAUAUUUCUUCACUCAAAACAUUAUUGAAAUGAGUAGAAGAAUUUCGAAGAAAUAGUUUUGUACGUUCCGGAAGCGUCCCGUCACGUAAAAUGUUAAAUGCUACCUUAUCGAGCGCGUUAUUGAGCCGCUGUCUGCAACUACAUAUUAUAUCUGCACGAUCCACCUCAUUCAAUAUACUCCCGAUGUAAUGAUACCUCCCACCACAUAAAUCUAGUAGACUCGUCCGGCCACACUGGGAUCAAUUCCCAAACCAUGAUACUGUCUCAGUACCCUCAGUAUCUCCAAUAAAGCAACAUCGUCCCCCAAAAUGGCGAAUUCAACACUAAAAGACUUACAAUCAGUCCUGCAAUCAACUCUGGGAGACAAUCUAAUAGUCGAAAACUACGAAAUGCAGGAUCUACUUCCACCCGGUGAAAACUACGCAAGUAGAAUUGUGAGUCUCCACGUCUCAAUCAAAAACAAAAACCAAGAAAAUGAAGAUUUGCAUCUAGUGGGAAAAUUACCGCCCCCUACUAAAGAGCAGCGAGAAACAUUCGACACCCCAAGCACAUUUCGAAAAGAGAUCUUCAUGUAUUCUAAACUUCUCCCCUUCUACCGGAAAUUGGAGACGGAAAAUGGCGUAGAGGGCCGCGAAAUUGCGCCAAAGUACUACGGAUCGAGAUUGGGAGUGAAUUCCGAUGAUGAUUUCAAUGAUGACGCGGUAAUUCUCAUCGAAAAUCUGAAGCCAAAGGGGUAUUAUUGCGCAGACAGAAGGUACGGCUGUGAUUUGGCCCAUGCGAAAUUGACGGUGAAGAUGAUGGCGCGGUUACAUGCUCUUGGCAUUGCGACGAAGGAGAAAGAUCCCGCGUUCUUCGAGACUCUCAAGGUUCAGUCUAAAUGCGUGGAGUUAGCGAAUCCAGACGAAUGGGUCCCCAUCAUAGCCGAGAGGAUUCAGGACAUAGCGAGGGAUCCCGAGAUAAAAGAGUACUUCGAGGCUUGCGUGGAAACUCUGCAGAAGGGUAAAUACGAGACGUGGCUGGCGACUCCGGAUGAGCCCUGGUCGACCAUAAUCCACGCUGACUUCUGGGCCAACAACAUCAUGUACCGAAGGGGAAGUGAUGGCGAAGUGGAUGACGUCAAACUCAUUGAUUUCCAGAAUUAUCUCCAUCUCAGUCCUCUGAGGGAGUUGACUUUAUUCGUGACUUGCGGACUGCGUCGUGAUGCGCUUGGUCACAUCGAUGAGUUGAUUGAUCUGUAUUAUGAGACUGUCAUCGAUCGGCUGAUGGCUUUGCACUGUGAUGUCGAACCUUACUCUCGGGAGACCUUCGAUGAGAGAAUUCAGGAGGAUGCGCCGAUAGAGUUCUCGCAUUGCUUGAGUAUGGUGAAAAUCAUCACUUUGGAUGUUGAGGCUGGACAUCCGGAUUGCCGUAACGUCAAGAAGUUGAUGCAGCACGGGGAGAGCAACGAGGCUUACCGGAGGAAGUUGAGGGAUUUGGUUGUGACUUACAGUAGGAGAGGAUGGUUGGGGAAGUAGUUUACGACGUGGGUGAAGUCAUUUUACGUCCGCGGCGAGAGAAAUAUCGACAUAAAAUCACAAAACUAAUUUCCUGCAUUAAAUAUCCCAUCUCAAGGAUAAAACGCUUGGGAUAAGACGUCCGCAUAAUGAGUCAGAGCGUGUAAGAAUCCUGUGAAAUAUUCAUCAGCUGAACACGAACACUUGACGAUAAAGUGAGAGUUUCUUGUCUCAAGAAAUCGGUUAUUUUGGGGCAAAAGAUGAGAAAAUUAAUGAAAAUACUAAAAACUCAGUGAAUCAUGGAUUGGAGACUUUCAUAUUGAAUGAAUACGGAAUUUAUACGAGCGAAAACCUUCAGAUAUUUCAAAAUAUAACCGUCACGUGCUCUCAAUCGCAAUGAGAUUAGUAAUUUGUAAGUAAUUUCCAGAAAAAAAAGAUUUUUUCAAUCAGUAUCAUACUCUUUUGCCCCGAAGAGCACCGAUUUUUUGACUGAAACCUACUAUGAAUUGAUCGAAUACGUCUGCGAUGUUCUGCAAGACGCAAGAAAUUUUUUUGGUCAUAUUAUGUUGAUUUUUCUAGCAGUGUGCAAACACUCAAUGCUCGCGGGAAAAAAUCAACUGCACUGUUAGGACAAAAUUAAAAUUCCAUGGACACUUGACUAGUAAUUUUCAAGAGUGGGACAUUAAAGGCCAUUUGAAGAGAAAACAAGGGGGGCGAUUGCUUUCGCCACAACGUAGUCAAUAUAUUUUCGGUAAUAAAUAGGCAAUUUGCUUCCGAAUGGAAUUUCUAUGACGACGUAUUUUAAAUUGGAUCCAAUUAAAAACUAAAAAUAUUUUUCACAGUUGUAAAAAUUGUUGAAUGUCAAUCUUAAUGUAAAUUUGUUAUUUUUUCAAAAAAGAAUAAACUCAAAUUUCGAAAAUA